AGGGAAAGGGGUUUGGGUGAUGGUUGGACGCUGUAGGAAGUGCCUGCAUGGCAGGUAGCCUGUUGUUUUAUGUUCAGUAACUGUUGUUUGCCAAUGCAAAUGUCGCAUUCAGGUGAGAUUGCCCCGUUCCUCUGAGCCGCCGCCGCCACCCGUUUUAGCUGCGAUGGAUGCGGAGGGCGUCGUGUCGGCGCCGGCGCCGCCGCCGUCGCUGCCGUCGCCGCCGCCUCCCGACGUGACCGCAGUGACGACCCAGCUCCGAGACGGGCUGGAGCUGGACGAGACGCGCGACCGGGCCGCGGCGGAGAGCCUACCGGAGGGCAACGGCGCGCCACCGAACGGCAAGACCAUGGCACAGGAGGAGAAGAGCUGGCCGCCGGAGAGCGGGAGCGCGCCGCCGGACGCGGAUGAGGGGCCGGUCGUGGUCACGUACCGCUGGGAGCUGGUGCGGCCCGGCUCGCUGAACGGCUUGAAGCGGCCGCCGCUGGUGUUCGACGAGGACGCCCAUUUCAAGGAGGCGUCCAGCAAACGCUGGAGGCCGCAGGGGCCGCUCAAAAAGCUGCUGGAGGCCAACCACUUCACUCUGCUGAAAAAGGCGCCGGUACGCCACAAGAACUCCAAGUACUGGUGCAAGAUCUGCGACCUGCACUGGGACACGCUGCUGCAGGUGGAGAAGCACGCGGCCGACAAGCGUCACACCGCCAGCCGCCGGCGUCAUGAGGAGAUGACCGCGGUAAGCACGCUGCCGGGACCGACGCCGGCGCAGACGUCUUGCCUCACCGGCCUGCUCAGCCGGCUGUACGAGGAGCGCGGCCUCACCCCGCACCGGCUGGCGGAGCGGCGCCGCGUCGCCGACCAGCUCAGGCAGACCGUGCUCGACGGCCUCCGACAGCAUUUCGACGGCGCCGAGUACGCCCUGGAGACGUUCGGCUCCGCACGCCACGGCUGCGGCUUCGCCGACUCGUGCCUGGACAUGGCGCUGCUGACGCCCGACGACAGUGUCGGCGCGCCGCAGCUGACACACGCCAUCCACGUGCUGGAGCAGAGCCAGCUGUUCACGGAGGUGAGCCACGACUUCCACAGCUGGGUGCCGUGCGUGCGCUGCGUGCACGCAGCCAGCGGCCAGCCGUGCCUGGUCGGCCUGGGCGCCGGCAAGGACGUGCAGCUGGCGCAGCUGGUGCAGCUCUACACGACGCUGGACGAGCGCUGCGCGCCGCUGGCCGUGGCGCUCCGCCACCUCGCGCAGGUGUGCGAGAUGGAUCGGCCCAAGGCUGGCUCGCUGCCGCCGUCCGCCUUCAUGCUGAUGACCAUCUACUACCUGCAGCAGUGCCAGCCACCCGUGCUGCCCGUGCUGCACGAGCUGGCGGGAGUUGACCCCAGCGACCCGCAGGCCAAGCUGGACAUCGAUCUGGCGGCGGGGACGGCCGCCGGCUGGCGCUCGGAGAACACGGACGACCUGGGGCUGCUGUGGCUGCGCCUGCUGCGGUUCUACGCGCUGGAGCUGACUGGCAGCAAGGUGGUGGUCUCGAUCCGACAGAGGGAGCCGGUCACGUGCGAGGACAAGGGCUGGGGCAACAAGAAGAUCUCCAUCGAAGACCCGAUCCAGAGCAAGCGCAACAUCUCGCGCAGCAUCAGCAGCAGCGCCGUGGCGGACGUGAUCGUGGACCGGCUGCGCGCCGCCUGCCUGCUGUUCGGCGUACCACGCACGGCCGAGGGCGCCGCCAGCAUGCCGCUGGUAUGCAGCGUCUGCCAGAAGGCUGGCCACGUGAUGGACGACUGCCCGACGCUGGUGGUGCCGGCGCCGGAGCCGCUGCCGCCCGCCUCCGAGCAACAGAUAGCCACGCUGGACCGACUCUGCCGCUCCGCGUUCGACGACUGGGCGCUGCCCUCGGAAGAGUACGUGGGACGCCAGAAGAUGCUGGAGGGCGUCGAGUCCUACAUCCGCCACUAUUGUUUCCCCUCGGCUCGGUUGACGCUCUUCGGCUCCUCGUGCAAUGGCUUCGGUUUCCGCAACUCGGACCUCGACAUCUGCAUGACGUUCGAGGACUGCACCGAUCCGCAGGCGCUGGACCAGGCGGAGAUCAUCAAGAAGCUGGCGAACGCGCUGAGCCGGCUGCGCUCCCUCUGCAACAUCAUCCCCAUCACGACGGCCAAGGUGCCGAUUGUCAAGUUCACGGACCGUCGCACGCGCCUGGAGGGCGACAUCAGCCUGUACAACACGCUGGCACAGCACAACACCAUGCUGCUGCACACGUACGCCCGGAUCGACAGCCGUGGACGGAUGCUCGGCUACAUGGUGAAGCUGAUGGCCAAGAUCUGCGACGUGUGCGACGCGUCGCGCGGCAGCCUCUCCUCCUACGCCUACACGCUGAUGAUGAUCUACUACCUGCAGCGGUGCCAGCCGCCUGUGCUGCCCGUGCUGCAGGAGCUGGGUCGGCACUGGCCAGACGCUGGCGCCAACCGCAGCAGCGUCGGCGAGCUGUGGCUCGGCUUCCUCCGCUUCUACGGCGAGCAGUUCGACUUCGAGCGGCACGUGGUGUGCGUCCGCCUGGCGCACACACUCACCAAGUUUGAGAAGCUCUGGAACGGCGCGUUCAUCGCCAUCGAGGACCCCUUCCUUCUCAGUCACAACCUGGGCGUCGGCGUGCGCAGGAAGAUGGCGGCCUUCAUCCGGCGCACGCUGCUGAAAUGGCGCCGUCACCACCUCGGCUACGUGCCGGGCACGCUGCCGCCCGGGUUUCGCGACUGCAGGGCGUUUCUGAUGUCGUCCGAGCACCUGUGCGAGGGGCCGCCGCCCAACGCUAGCGGGUGCCACGUGUGCGGCCACAUCGGCCACUGGGCCAGCGACUGUCCGCGCCGUCGCGGCCGCGCCGCGCCCGCCGCCAAAGAGACGGCGCACUGCCAGGGCGGCCUGUAG